AUGGGAUAUGCCACUAGAGCUUAUUUGCUGAUGUUAGUGGGUUCCACUAUUUUUGCGGACAAGACGUCUACGCUUGUCGAGGCACGAUACCUCUCACUGUUUAUAGACUUGGAUGGCUUAUCAGGAUACAGUUGGGGAGCAGCUGCGUUGGUUACUCUUUACAUAUAUCUCAUAGAUGCUUCCAUGUUCAGCUGUAAGCAGCUUGGUGGUUAUCCGCCUCUCCUACAGUGUUGGAUUCAUGAGUAUUUUCCAACGCUUGGAAAAAAAAGAGAGAACUGGAUACCAGCUAGUAAUGUGGGUCUCCCUCGAGCGAUGAGAUGGUCCUAUAGGCAAGGUGCCUUGAAGGUGGAUGACUUGCGACCUAUUCUGGACGAGCUGACACCUUCCGAUGUCAUAUGGCGCCCAUUCGAGAAUCAUAGAGUAUUCGUGGGUAAUAUAGGCAUAAGUUGUUGCCAAUGUUGUAGACGUCCUGCAAAUCCUAGCAUCCAAGAUGUUGCUGCUGGAGAACGAAACUUCUUCCAAUCUACUGUCACUGGUGGCAAUGGAAACCCUUCCUUCCUGUUUACCUAA